GCCCCGCCGCCCGCGCCCCGGAGCCGCGCCACAAAGGGCCCGCGCGCAGCCGCCACCGCUGCGCGAGGGAGCCAGGAUGGUCCUGGUCCACGUCGGCUAUCUCGUGCUUCCAGUGUUUGGCUCUGUGCGAAACAGAGGUGCCCCCUUUCAAAGGUCUCAGCAUCCUCACGCUACCUCCUGCCGCCACUUCCACCUGGGCCCCCCGCAGCCGCAGCAGCUAGCCCCGGACUUCCCGCUGGCCCACCCCGUGCAGUCGCAGCCGGGCCUCAGCGCCCACAUGGCCCCGGCCCACCAGCACAGUGGCACGCUGCACCAGUCGCUGACACCGCUGCCCACCCUGCAGUUCCAGGACGUCACAGGUCCCUCCUUCCUACCUCAGGCCCUGCACCAGCAAUACCUGCUGCAGCAGCAGCUCCUGGAAGCUCAGCACCGCAGGCUCGUCUCGCACCCCAGGCGGAGUCAGGAUCGAGUGUCCGUCCACCCCCACCGCCUUCACCCCAGCUUUGACUUCGGCCACCAACUGCAGACACCUCAGCCGUAUCUGGCUGAGGGCACUGACUGGGAUCUCAGUGUGGACGCCGCCAGCUUGAGUCCUGCCCAGUUCCAGGUGCGGCCCAUUCCUCAACACUAUCAGCAUUACCUAGCAACUCCUCGGAUGCACCACUUCCCCAGAAACUCCUCGUCCACACAGAUGGUUGUCCAUGAAAUUCGAAACUACCCUUAUCCCCAGCUUCACUUCCUCGCCCUCCAGGGACUAAAUCCUAGCCGGCACACCUCUGCAGUUCGGGAGAGCUAUGAGGAGCUGCUGCAGCUCGAGGACAGGCUGGGAAACGUGACCCGAGGAGCUGUACAGAACACCAUUGAGAGGUUCACCUUUCCCCACAAGUAUAAGAAGCGAAGACCCCAGGACAGCAAGGGCAAGAAAGAUGAAGGGGAGGAGUCAGACACAGAUGAGAAAUGCACAAUUUGUCUGUCUAUGUUGGAGGACGGGGAAGAUGUGAGACGCCUACCGUGUAUGCAUCUCUUCCACCAACUGUGUGUGGACCAGUGGCUGGCCAUGAGCAAGAAAUGCCCCAUCUGCCGAGUGGACAUUGAGACACAGCUGGGAGCCGACAGCUGAGGGAGGAGCUAGCCAGUGGACGCCCCAUUUCCUUCACCAGGUCCCCCCCACGGCCAUAGCCCUUGCAGCCAAACUUUGCCUUCUGAGCCAUUUGACGUAGAGAAGAAGCCUGCAAGCACAUUUUGUGGAAAGAGGAGUUGGUAGCGGUGUCUGAGGGAGAGGAGGGGUAGGGAGGACCCACCCAUCCGGAAUGGUGACUGCCUCAUCGCCUUGCUGUGCAGCGGGGAGGGAGCUGGCCGUGCCCAGAGCAGGGGCGGGAAGGGGGGGCCCAGCUGCUGAGGACUAGAUGAGAUGGCGAUCGCGAGGGUACUAGCUGGUGAUCGGCCCCUCAGUCCUGUCCUUCGAGGGAUUGUGUAUAUACCUCUUGACCACGUAGAAACCAUGUAGGGGUCUCUAGCUAUUCUGUGGAUGGCAGCCAGAGCAUGUUAGCUUAAGAAAAAUGUCGUGUGUGGUGCUCUUGUCAUCUGUGGUGGACAUGUCGCUAUUACUGAACUCGCACCAAAUAUUUCUCAUUGAGUUUCUUGUUUUGGUGCCUGACCGAACCAACCAACCAACGACAGCCCCAAUCUUCCCGUCUUUAUGAGCGAAAAGAAAAAAGAAAAAGAAAAAAAAACAAAGGUGAAAAACAAAAAAGCCAAAUCCUGUUUACGGUGAAAAAGUUGAUAAUUUUUCACCCAGGUUGGGAGGCGGGAGGGGAGGGGUCCUCGUUUGUUGUUUUUGUUUCUUUUUUUCCCUUGGGCUUUGUUUCUCAUGUUUACAGUGCACGGAGUGUGUGGGAGGGGCAUCUGAGAAGGGGGUGGGGCUUAAAGGGAGCGGACUGUCUCACUGGGUUUCUGAGGCUUUCAGGCAAGGGGAGGAGGUUCCUAGCUGGUGAACGGGUUCCCCAUCUUGCAAGGGUUCCCCAGUCUUCGGGCCUGUGGCUUAGCCCCAGAAGUUUUCCUAGGUUCCACACGGAACCAGGAAAGACAAUGCCUAGAGCUACAGCCUACCCCAUGUUCCCGGGAGCCAGCAGCUCCUGCUCGCCCUAGUUCCUAACUCUCUAUCCUGAGCUCCCACCUUGCUCAAAGAGGCAAUGUAGCCACUGCCUCCCUAUGCAAAAAAAUAAAAAUAACCAGAUGAUACAGACGGAAUAGCUUCAGCAGUGUAGACUCGGCCUUGGCUAAAGUGCUCUCAGUAAGCACUUAGGGCUCAAGUCAAGUCUACAACCUUGGGAGUAACUUGAGCCUCCUCCAGGAUCCUGCUUGAUUAGACAGACCCUCAGAGAUGGCCGUUGUUGCGAGGCUCCUCGGCUGGGCUGGGAGGCCAGUGCCCCUAGCUUCGUGAUCCUCUGAUUCUACUGAUAUCUUGGGAAAUUCCUUUUCUUUCUCUGUGCCUCAGUUUCCGCCUCCUUCCAUUGGGGAGAAACAACCGUGUGUUCCUAUCUCCCCCACUCCUACUUCACCUAGAUCUGAGAGUUAACACCACCCAGCCCCUUCUGUACUCUCUAUUCUCUCAUGGGAGCCUCUGAGUGUUUAGUGAAAAAGGAGAUGAAAAGUCCCAAGUUACACAGUAUUAGUGUUUGCUUUCUGUACCACUGAGAGAGAUGGGAGGACAGAAUGGCGGAGGUGGCGGAAAUCUGCCUAAUUCUAACCCGACUGUAGCUCUUAAUCAUGUGCAGAAAAUGCCAGGUCGCCCUCCUCUUCCUCCUCCCCAUUUCCCUCCUCCCUCUCCCCCUUUCCCCUUCCUCCUCCCCUCUUCCCUCCGCCCCUCCUCCCACCCCAUCAUUUGCACUGCUCUCAGAAUCUACCCUGACCUCAACCCUAGCCAAUCUCAGUGCCCUCGUGUGCUAAGAGAUAAAAGGAGAAAUUCCACCAAGUUAAGUGAGCCGAGGAUGAAUCGUGACCAAAAAAAUGACAGUGGCUGAUUGGACUUGAGAGAGAUCCUUCCAGGACAAACAUCAUGAAGGAAUGGCUGCCUGUCUACUCUGGUGUCUCAGAGAAUCCCUGUGGACUGCCGAUGGCCAGGAAGGGGGCAAGUGAUGAGGAAGAUGAUUGCUCAGGCGAUAUCUUGGCCUGGUUGGAACUCUGAGGCAUGGAGGAACAGCCAACAGUGCUUAUGGUGAAGGUCAGGAGUACUGAGCGUGGGCCUUGGUCAGCUCUGGUUGCUGUCCGUGGUGAACACCGCCUCCAGCAUAAAGGCUGGCUGGGGAAAGAAAGUCAGGAUGUCAGAGCGCUGCUGACAAAAAGCCACAAGAACUUGGACCUCUUCCCUGCUGCUUCCUUUUGGCUGUGCCAAAACCAAGAUGUCCUCAGAUGAUGGCUGUGGCUCAGAGGGUCGUUGGGGUGGUCCAGGUGGGUCACUGCUCUCUGAGGCCACUCUCUGUUCUUUCCUUUGAAGCUCUCCUGAGAGGCUGGGAGGGAAAGGGGAUUGGCAGGGACCCAGGAGGGAACUGGAACCAGUGUCCCAGAUUCUAGUCCUGGCUCUUCAGUGGCAAACUGGGAGAUGCUGGAACCCCUGUCCACACCCCAACGGCUUGCUGGGCCUCAGCUCCCUCAGCUGUGACACAAGGAAGUUGAUUGGAUGUUCCCUAAAUUUCUCCCAAAACACAUCCUGUGAUUCUGCCUAACAUCAACACAUCGUUCAAGUUGUAGAGCUGCUCUUAGCAGACCUGCUUCUGAGGCAGGCAGAGAGGGCGGGAUGGUUUCUUCUUGCUCCCAUUUGUGCGGGCUCUUUGAACCCCAGGCUAACAUUAGGACUUGGGCAGGGAAGGGGUUGACCCUCCAUCCCCUCCCCUCUCCACCUACCUGGGGUCCUUGUGCCCUGGAGCAGCACUUAGAGCCCUACCACCCCCGGUUUUGGCGCAGCCAAUUGGGUGGAGAAAAAGCCAGUGCCUCUGCUCAGUCCUCAGACUGGUCAGGAAGCCAGAAGAGUGGAAAUGAGGUAGGGCCAGGCCUCAGCAUCUCACAUCCGCCAUCUCCAGGAGAGACAUAACGCAAUUCUCCUGCUCAACUCAAGGGACUCAGACCCUUUCUGACUGAGACGCAUGAGUGCCUUUGACAAGUUGGGCCUCCUAACCGCAGCCAUGGCGCAGCAGGUCCACCUAGGACACCAAUCAACGCAACGCCACGAAUCCAGCUGGGCACAGGCAGAGGGCAGCUGGGGCUGCACCUUCCUCCACCUGCCAAGGCUCCCUGGUCACCCUCGCCACCACCUGUGACAGGCCUCAAGCUCCUCUCCGCAAAGGCCCCCAGCCUCCGUGCGAGCAUUCCUAACUACGCCUACCGAACAAGCACAGUUUUUUCAAUGGUGAAGAAAAAGCACCAGACUUUUUUUUCCUGAAGAAAUCCCCCAAGCCCCCCCGCCUGUGGGACAAACAUUCCCCAUGUGGGGCUGUAGCAACGUCUGUCAGGUCCCCCCUUGUGUUUCAUCUCCUGCGCGCGCGUAGAGCAAAUGCUAGAGCGAUUUCAGCUGAUAGAAAAACAAAAAAGAAAAAAAAAACACAAAAAAAAUAAAAAACAUGGCACGUUGCUAGUUUACAGGGUUUUGUGAGUUUAAAUGCCUUAUAUUUAACAAUCAUAAUUUAUGACUAACUUGUAGAUAUCGUGGGUUCUUAUUUAAUUAUUUUUAUAGUUGUUUUGCAUUUUUAAUUAUAAUUUAUUUAUUUAGAAAGGACACUAAUGUUUUUUAUUGCUCCUAUUACCUCAUUUUGGCGUCGUUUCUGGGAGUGGAAUGCUUUGCAUGCGUUGGUACGAUGACAACUGCGAAACAAACAAACAAAAAAAAACCAUUUUAAAUAAAAGUCUGCGAACUUUAUUUUGUCCAAACUAUCAGGGUGUGUGAUUGCAAGCUGUCCUACUGUGGUGCUGGCCUCUUUGGAUACAUUCCAUACGAAAUGCAAACCUUUGAUUCUGUAUGCUGUGAUCUAGUGAAAAGCUCCAAUAUAGUGAGUGUACUUAGCACAUAAUAUAAAUAUAAUUUGCACUCGUCAGCA